UGUUUGCUUAAAAGCACAACAGAUUCUGACCCGUCCACAGUAAGCUGCACUAUCCAUAACAGUUCCAAAACCCCAUCAUCACACUCUUUCUCUCUGUCUAAGGUGUUAUUAUAUAUAAGUACAUCAACUUGUAUGGUAUUCAGCAAAGAGGUCUUCUUGGGAGGAGAACUGGGUUCUGUUCUCUACUUGGGUUUUGAGUCUUUCAAGAGAUUCUUUCACUAGAGAGAGAGAGAGAAGAUCCAAGAGAAGGAGAUGGAUGUGGAGACAAGACAGAAUUUCAAAGGAGAAUCCAUUCCCCUUGAGGUCUCAGUUGAUUGGAGAGGCAGAGCCUGCAAGCCCAAUAGGCAUGGAGGCAUGAGAGCUGCUGUCUUUGUAUUGGGCAUUCAAGCAUUCGAAAUCAUGGCAAUUGCUGCAGUUGGAAACAAUCUCAUAACCUAUGUAUUCAAUGAUAUGCACUUCUCUCUGGCAAAAUCUGCAAACGUAGUCACGAACUUUAUAGGGACUGUCUUUCUCUUGUCUCUGGUUGGUGGGUUCCUCUCUGAUUCUUAUCUUGGGAGCUUUUGGACUAUGCUCAUCUUUGGCUUUGUGGAGCUCUCAGGCUUCAUACUACUAUCAGUCCAAGCCCAUCUCCCUCAACUAAGACCACCAAAAUGCAACAUAGCAACUGAAGGACAGAACUGUAUUGAAGCCAAAGGCAUUAAGGCCUUGAUUUUCUUUGUAGCUCUCUACCUGGUGGCCUUAGGGAGUGGCUGUCUUAAGCCUAAUAUGAUCUCUCAUGGGGCUGAUCAGUUCAGAAAGGAAGAUCCACAGCAAUCAAGGAAGCUCUCCACCUACUUCAAUGCUGCCUACUUCAGCUUCUGUGUUGGAGAGCUCAUCGCCCUCACCGUCCUUGUGUGGGUCCAGACGCGAUCGGGGAUGGAUGUGGGGUUUGGAGUGUCGGCUGCUGCCAUGGCCAUGGGAUUGAUCAGCUUGAUUUCUGGUACACUUGUUUACAGGAACAAGCCUCCUCAAGGCAGCAUCCUCACCCCAAUUGCACAAGUUUUUGUUGCUGCAAUUACAAAGAGAAAGCAGGUUUGCCCAUCUAAUGCACAGAUGCUUCAUGGAAGCCGGAACAAUGCUGCCAACCGCGUUUUUGCCAGCGGCAUCGAUUCAUCUUCUCAUGGUGGAAACCUCCUUCACAACGAAAAGUUCAGGUUCUUGGAUAAGGCCUGCAUCAAACUCCAAGACGGCAAGGAAACCCCGUGGAGGCUAUGCACCGUAGCCCAAGUUGAGCAGGUCAAGAUAAUCCUCUCCGUCAUCCCAAUCUUCGCCUGCACGAUCAUCUUCAACACCAUCCUUGCCCAGCUCCAGACAUUCUCUGUCCAACAAGGAAGUGCCAUGAACACCCAACUCACAUCCAAUUUCCAAAUCCCACCUGCUUCCCUCCAAUCCAUCCCAUACAUCAUGCUCAUCUUCCUAGUCCCACUCUACGAGACCAUCUUUGUCCCCCUUGCCCGGAAGGUCACCGGCACCAACUCUGGCAUCUCACCCCUCCAACGGAUAGGCGUCGGCCUCUUCAUCGUCACAUUCUCCAUGGUCUCAGCGGCACUGGUAGAGACCAAGAGAAGGGAAAUGGCCACAUCCCCAAGCAAAGAAACACUCUCCAUCUUCUGGAUUGCACCACAGUUCCUAAUUUUCGGGCUAUCGGAGAUGUUCACUGCGGUAGGCCUCAUCGAGUUCUUCUACACACAGUCAAUGGCUGGGAUGCAAUCCUUCCUAACAGCCAUGACCUAUUGCUCAUACUCAUUUGGGUUCUUCCUGAGCUCCCUUCUGGUCUCUGUAGUGAACAGUAUCACGUCGAAUUCAAAGGGUGGAGGUUGGCUGAGUGACAAUGACCUGAACAAGGAUAGACUAGACCUUUUCUACUGGUUGCUAGCAGGCCUCAGCCUCCUGAAUUUCUUCAACUAUCUGUUUUGGUCUAGAUGGUAUUCUCACAAUCCAUCUCUGACACCAACUCCACCACCACCACCACAUGAUUCUCAGGGGGAAGGAGAAUCCCACUACAGCUUCACCUCUUCAAAGCAUGUUGGAGCUGACAAUAUACCUUAGAAAACAUUAUCUUGUCUUUUGAUGAUUUUUCCCCUCAACUUAUCUUGACUACUUUGUAACUAUAAAAGAAAAGAUAGAAAGAAAGAAAAGUAAAGUAAAGAAAGAAAGAAAUACCAUGUUGGUCUUGUGUGGGGCCCACUUUAGUGGCAAUGCCAGGUUUAUAUAACCUUUGUAGUUUCCUUCUUUUUUUUGGGGUCCUUUCUUUAAUAAUUGACUAUCUCAAGGGAGGGUUUUUCAAA